AAGUGAAUUGAAAGAGGGGUAAUCGUGCCCGCGGCUAGGCACGGGCCUGAAGCUUUUGACGAAAAGGAGAGAGAGGGGUGAAGUGCAAUUUGCGUGCGUGCACCUAGGUAUGGGCAGGGAACUGUUGAUGAGUGAGAAAAAGAGUGGCAUAAUGAAAUUUGAUGGGCCUGUGAUUAGGCAUGAGCCCAGGGCUUUUACUGAACGAGAGAGAUGAAAUUUGACGGGCUCACACCUAGGCGCAGGUAGGUGAGUUCUAACAAAAAAAAAGAAAAGAAAAGAAAAAGGAAGGGUAAGGAUGUGCCAAGAUUGACGGACCCGCGGUUAGGCGCGGGCAGGGGUUUUGUACCGAAUGACAGGGAGGGAGGUAAAAAAGAAAUGACAGGCCCGCGCCGAGGGUUUUACCCAAAGAUUUUAUAGUCGGUAAGAAAAAGAGAUUUUUACCCCUCCAAGUUUCACUAGAGAGAGAGAGAGAGAGAAAGCUUUGGUGAGCAAUUUUUGAAGUCAUGGCCAUGGCCAGCACAAGUUCCCGUCAUCCCAAAGGCAAAAUUCUUGAUGUGCCCCAAUUACCGUGCCCUGGAGAAUUGGGCACUUGUAAAUAUACAGGUGCUUCCUUUGUGAGAUCCACUACUCUAUAUGUUUUCGAGCCCACUCGGAAGUUGGAGUGGCCACUAAGCAUCACCAAUGUGGGUGAAGAUGUGCAGUUCUAUCUUUAUGAAGAUGAGCAUGGCGAGUCCGUGUUUCAAGGAGAUGGUAGACCGAUAUACCAUGCUCUCAUAGGAAUUUUGAUUCACUCUAGGCAAGAGAAUGUUGGCAAAGAAAGGGUUGCACUGGGCAUCUGGUGGACUUCGUUUUGCAGGGGAGCUCCAAUACUUGAGGAGGUACAACAUUUGGACAUUUGAUGCCCUUGAAUCACAUGCUCGGGCUUUAGAGGCAUGUGGUCUGGCUGCAGCAUGCCAGUGCUUAGCUAGCUAUUAUGAUAGGUGUUCCAACACUAUCAAGGCAUUGUUGGAAACCUGGUGAUACAAAACCAAUAGCUGACACUUGGAUCUAAGUGAGGGGGCAUCACUCUCCUCGACAUGCAUUUUAUUGGUGGCCUAUCGAUGCUGGGCUUCAUGAAUGAGGAGUUCAUCCCCGAUAACGAGGUGAUUUUUUAGGACAAGGAAGUGAAGAGAAAGUCUAAGGUUUUGUAUUUUACAGCAUGGAGAGACUUCUUUCACGAGGACCGUUGCGACAGGCGGGAACCCAGUUAUGGCGUCAUCUAGGAUGAUGAUGAUUAAGGGGUGGGAGAAGAAGAGGACACCAAGGAUCAUGUGAACCCCCUUAGAUGGCCUGCAAAAGAUCAGGUGUACUUGGCUGCCUAUUUGACUCUUUUCUUGUGCAAAUUCGCACUUUCAAGGUCAAAUGGUAAUGUCAUUCGUUCCGACUGCUUCUAUGUAGUGGGCCGGCUUGCUUAGGGGCAUGAGUAUACCCUAGCUCAGCUGAUACUUUGUAGCAUAUACCACGGCUUAGGAGCAAUUGCACGUGGUAAAGCUGCAACCUAGAAUAGCAAAAGUUAAUAUUUAGGAGGGGAAGUACUUCCUGGCGCUUCACAACAAGCGUCGUAGUUCAUUACAUAUUUGGUUGGCUUUCUGCGUAUUUUAUAAGGGCAUCUGAGAUCAACGAGGAUCUUUUAGGAUUUACUUGCCCACAGAUGCCACAGAUUGCAGGCAUGAAAGCCACUUUUGGGGGCCUGGGUGAAGCGCUCAAAUUUUAUGCUAGUGCUUCUUUCUUUUCUCAGCGUAGUCCAUUCCCAGUAAGUGGUCUCAUUGACCUUGUAUAUAUUGAUUUUUCCAGUGAGGUUAUUGAUGGGUGUACCACUGAGACUAAAGUAAUAAUGUAUCUCUUAAGUUUUAGGGGAUGUAUCUUGCCAUUUCGAAGUGUCGGGGACAGAAGUUGGAGGGGUAUAUCCCUCAUAGGUUUUCUUGUCAACAUGGUCUUGAUCAGGGUUGCUCUUUGAAAAGAAGUAUGGGAAGAAAGGGGCACAUCAAGACCAUGAUCUUUUAGGGGGCAGCAAAGAGUCUUGGACAGACGAGAAAAUGAGGAUGGAUUGGGAGAUGUGCCUGAGUCUCACGGGUUUAAGCAAAUUUCUUGUUCCUCAUUAUGGUUGCAUAGGCCACGCCACUGAAGGCCACUGUCGAUGGUGGACUGUCACCAACUGCUCGGAUUAGUAGGCGAGCUAGACAUGGAAGGUCAUUAAUAGCACCAAGCGUGAGACCGGCACGAGAAGAACUUUGUGCCUCCAGCUCUCAACAAAAUCUAUGAAUUGGAUUACCCUCGACCCUGGAGGAGAGUUGGCGCAGCCCGCUCCAUAGCAGUGGAUCUUGCUGGUAUCCAAUAUCUCUCUCUUGAGGGAGACCAGAUCACUUUUUGAUGGCCUUUGUUUUAUCUUUGAAUGGACCAAGGGUCAUGUUGUCUCUAGCCAUGAAGGUCGUCCUGUCUAAGACCUGAAUAUAUUGAUGGGGAGUGAGCCCCAUUCUGCUUCCCCUGCCAGACCUCAUCGUGGAAAGAAGCCCACAGAGGUUGCUCCAGAGCCAAUGGCUGAAGAGAUCCCAGAGCAGGGAUCAAAGAAGAAAAGGCUAAGAAAGAAGAAGGUUGUAGAGGUCUCUGAAGCCAUUGUUAUUACAGCUCCUAAGGUUCCCGAGAAGAGUAUAAGAAAAAAUACUAUGUCGAGUCCGAUCAUACGUCCUAUGGCUCCGGUUACUUCAAGUGAAGGAGUUACACUACCUCCUAGGCCCGAGAAGCGUGUGAAUAUGGGGGCUACCUCCAGCCCAAUUCAUAUAUUAGAGGCAACAACUCCUAUUCCAAAGAUUGUAUCUACAGUUGUCAAGACGCAACCAAGUAUAUCUGGUCAGACAUCUUUCAAGUUGAGUCGCCAAGUUGAGAGUGCUCCUCCCCUUAUUGUAGAAAAAGAGGCACCUCUUGCCGAGAGACCUGUCAAGCCUGUGAUAGAGCAAACUCUAGAUCUUUCACCAUUGAGUCAGGGAGACCUCCUUUGCACCAUUACUGAGGAAGGAGACAUCCUUGAAGCUGAGCCGGAGGUUAUGGAUGAGGCUCCAGUUGUAACCACCUCAGAGGUUUCUGCUCCCGUUAUUUCAGAGGCAAAACCUCAAACAUUUGCUCCUUCAAAUGCAACUUUGGAACUUGUGUUAGUUUUGUCUUCAAAAGCACCAAUUUCUACGAUUUCUUAUGUAGAGACUAAACCUGCUCAUGUGGUAGAGGCUGUACCUAAGCCUUGUGUCUCUUCGAACGAUCUUUCGGCUCUCGCUCCUCAAGAGCCGGUUGUCUUAGCCGAACCUCCUCCUCUUGUCACAGCUAGUUAUUUGCUUGCCCCAAUGUCAAGCACCACAGCAGAUGUGAAGGCUUCGACAAGUGCGUCUUUUCUAUGAUCAAGUCUUGAAAUAGUAAGAGAGUGCCUUCUCCCUGACUGUCAAGGUUGCUGGAGUUAGAGACUGCGCUACAGCCUUGAAGGCUGUUGGCUAUGAUAAGGGCUGUUUGAUCAGUAUGAGAGUCUUCUGUCAAAGCUCAAACUUUGGGGAGCUGAGGCCUCCCAAUGCGAGUCAGAGGUGCAAGAGAUAUGUGGGCCUCAUGUGCUCUAGAGGAUAAUUUAGCCCAACAUCAUGGUGUCAUGAGGCGAUAUGAAGAGACAAAGAGUACCCUCCUUUCUAAUCAAGCUCACCUCAAGCAAGAAGAUGUAGCGUCUCUGCGGAGAUUGCAGCUUUAGAGGAAGAAAGAGCUAGGUUGGAUGCCGACAUCCACCAAUUGAAAACUCGGUAAAAGCAAACGAGAGCAGAGGUUCAGAGUCAGUCUCGAGAGUUGGAGACUUUGGACUCCAAGGUGGCUGUGACUAGCACGAUGUCAAGCCAAGUUUCUCAAGCAAUGUCCCAUCUUAAAUCACAGAUGAAGAAGGCACUGGAGUCGUCGAAGGCGCUAAAGAUCAAGAUUCACGAGGCGCUUGAAAACUUCUAGGGGUCUAUGAAUUCUCUUAUUUUUAUCCUUGGCUUGCUUUCUUCUUCUUGCUCUAUAAUUUGCUCUUCUUUUCUUCUUCAUGACUUGCACUCUUCUUUCUUAAUCUCUUGUAACUGACCCUUGUCUCCUCUAAAAAGGGGUAAGAGAUGAGCCUAGAGGCUUGCUUUGCAUGGAGACUUGCUUGAUUUCCAGCAUGUGUGGCAUGAAUGCUCUCUUGGAUUUUCACCCAAGUCCACAAGGUAUGUGUUAUUUCUGGUUUUCACAAGAAACCCGUAUCUAUUUUUUGUGGCCCUUUUGCCCAUGGUUUUUACACCAUGCCUGCCGUUUUUAUAUUUUUACUCUCGGCGCCCUUGUGACUUUUCGUAGUUCCCAUUUUUUAUUUGUGACAUAUUUUACUCGCAAUAGCUGGUGUUACUAUCACGCCUGUCCUUUUUUUUCUUUUUUCUGUUCUUUGACUGUUUUACCCAUGACGCCCUUGUAGGUUUUCACCAUGUCCAUCUUUUUGAGGAGGCAAUUUUAAGGUCAUGCUACUGUGACCAUGGGGAGGUGUGCUUAAGGUUUGGUGUGUUUUAGGGUCAUCUACCAAGACCAAGUGAAGGUAGUUUUAUGGUGGUGUUGUCGAGAUCGUAGAGUUGAUGUGUUUAACUUCAACCACCAAGACCUAGUGAAGGCAAUUUUAGGGUCGGGACUUUGAGACCGUAUGUGGUGUAGUUUAACAUCAUGCCACUAGGAUGUGUGCUAUAGUUUAGGGUCAUAUAACUUGGACCAUUGCCAUGCAGUUUAAGGUCAUGUGGCUUGGAUCAUGUAUAUGAGUAAUAGUUUUUGAAGUAUAUCUCAUUGAUUGGGGGCAUAGCUUCUUCACCUUCAGCAUUAUCCAGUAUGUAAGCUCAAUUAGGAAAAGCCUUCUUUACCAGAAAAGGUCCUUCCAAUUUUGAUUCGAACUUCCCCUUUGCUCGACUGUGAGUGACGAUCGGCCUUCUUACUGUCAAGACCAAUUCUCCUUUCAUGAAUGAAUGUAUCUUGAUUGAUUUGUCAAAAGCUCACUGCAUACAGUUCUUAUGAAUUUCAAGACUUUGUUGCGCCAGCAGCCUCUUUUCAUCAAGUGCAUCGAGCUCCUGAUAACGAAGAGCCGCUCGUUUUUCAUUUGUUCUCCUAUAAUGAAGAGCUAUUCUGAGUGAUGACAACUAUAUUUCCAGAGGUAACACAACCUCACCCGCAUAUAUCAGAUAAUAAGGGGUCAACUGAGUUGGACCUUGAGCUGUAAUGCGAUAGACCCAUAAAACUUCAGAAAGCCUUUCAUGCCAAUCCCUUUUUGUGUCAGAGACAAACUUUCUUAAAGAAUAAAAAAAGGUCUUGUUGAAAGCUUCGUCUAGACCAUUAGCUCUUGGAUGGUACGUGGUCGAAUAUUUCUACUGAAACCCGAACUGGUUGACCAGACAAUCGAUAUGAUUGCUUCAAAACUGAGGACCAUUAUCAAAAGUGAUUCGGUCAGGCACACCGACUCUAUAUAUGAUAUGUUGGUGCAGUCCUGGGACACUCUUGAGAGGGAUGGCUUAUACCCAUUUGGAGAAGUAAUAUGUCGCAGCAAGUAUAAAGACAUGCACCGUGAAAGAUGGCGGGUCGAUAGGACCUACAAUGGCCAUUCCCUACUGAGCAAAGGGCCACGAUGAUACUGUUGGGUGAAAAGGUUUAGGAGCUUGAUGAAUGAAGCUUGAGUGAAUCUGACUUACUGAGAAGUUCCUUGCGAACAUAAGAGAAUCAUAACUCAUAGUAGGCCAGUAGUAGCCUAUCCUGACAAUCUUGUCGUACAGAUUAGGGCCAAAUUGAUAUAUUCCAAACACUCUAGCAUGAACUUCCUUGAGCACGGGGUACACAUAUUUCUGAUCAAUGCACCUAAGUAGCAUACUGUUGUAAGAGAUUCGGAAUAAGGUGCCAUCAUGACACACAUAUCGAGUAGCUGAUCUUCUUAUCAUAUUCCGUUCAAUGGGGUUUGUUUGAACACAUUUUUCAGCGCCUUGAGUCCCCGAUGCAGAAUAAAAGAGAGGCCGGUCAAUAAAACCUUGGCAUACAGUGGAAUUCUCGAUAGUAUCAGAAUUGCCCCGGAACGGGUCAGAAUCUUCCAAAGCACUCCAAAAGGCCACCUGCCAAGUUUUCUCGCAAUCUGAAAUGUCCAAGGCAAAGCAGACAAAGAAACAAUUUUGGAAAAUCAUCUUCUCACACCCAGAAAUAGACCCCAUAACUAGAACCCUAUUUUCGGUACGUCAAACAGUUGUGGGACCACCGCCAUUAGAUUUGGUACGAUCAAAAACCCCUAGGAGUCAAGUUUCGGCUUAAACGGA